AUGCGUCUGCGUUCCCCUGGGGUUACUGAGUCUGGGGGUGCUACGCCUGGGGGUGCUGUGUCUGGGGGUGCUGAGACUGGAGGUCCUCCGAGUGUCCCGUCACGGCGGGAGGCCCUCUCUCCACAGCAGCUUCGUGAGUGGUACGCUCGGCACUGUAGCCGUGCUGCUGGAGCUGGGGGGCCUGCUGCUGGAGGUGCUGCUGGUGCUGGAGCUGCUGGUGGUGCUGCUGGAGGUGCUGCUGGUGCUGGUGCUGCUGGAGGUGCUGCUGGUGCUGGAGCUGCUGGAGGUGCUGCUGGUGCUGGAGCUGCUGGAGCUGCUGGAGCUGCUGGUCCUGGAGGUGCUAGUGCUGGGGGUACUGGCGCUGCUGGAGGUCCUGCUGGUGUUGGAGCUGCUGGCGGUGCUGGAGCCGCUGGUCCUGGAGGUGCUGGUACUGGAGGUACUGGAGCUGCUGGGACUGGAGCUGCUGCGGGAGUUGGAGCUGGAGGUGCUGGAGCUGUUGGAGCCGGUGGUGCUGCGGGAGUUGUAGCUGGAGACCCUGGAGCUGAGGGUGCUAAUGCUGUCUCUGCUGGUUCAGGAGGUGCUGCGCGGCCGCGGCCGUACUACGUUCCGCUCCUUCAGCAGCGUGUCCCUCUGCCGUCUCCUCCUGCGUCCUCUCUUCUUGACGGUCCGGACCCGGAGUCUGACUCCCUUCGUGCUGCCAGUCCUACUGUCACGCGUUUCCUCGCUACUGUUGUCACUGACCCUUCGUUUGAGUCCACUGCUGCGUCUGCUCUAGUGGCUGAGCUUGUUGACUUUGCUGCUGCCUGUCGUCUAGACUACGCCGCUAGCCUUGUUGCUGAGUCUGAGUCUGUUUGUCCUCCGUCCGUCGGGGGUGAGUGUGCUCUUAGCACGGACGUCCUUGAGGACAGACAGGAGGAGUUUGAGUGCUUUGCCGCUGCUUUACCUCAUCUUGUGUCCAUGCUGAUUGCCCCUGAGGGAGACCCGGAUGCACCAGACAUCCCGACUCCGCGCUCUUACGCAGAGGCGAUAGAGGGUCCCUACUCCUCUCAGUGGCAGUCAGCCAUGGAUGCAGAGAUGGCUUCCUGGAAGUCCACAGGCACCUACGUCGACGAGGUUCCCCCGCCUGGGGCGAACAUCGUCAGUGGCAUGUGGAUUUUCAGGGUGAAGCGGCCGCCGGGUUCUCCGCCUGUCUUCAAGGCGCGUUACGUUGCACGAGGCUUCAGUCAGAGUGAGGGAGUUGACUUCUUCCAGACCUUCUCCCCUACCCCGAAGAUGACCACUCUUCGGGUUCUGCUGCACGUCGCCGCUCAGCGUGACUACGAGCUCCACUCUCUUGACUUCAGCACGGCUUUCCUACAGGGCAGCCUGCACGAGGAGACCUGGCUACGCCGCCCACCUGGCUUCACUGGGUCGUUUCCUCCUGGUACCUAG